UCCAGGGAACGGCUCAAAAUGGUUCAGACAGUGUUCGUUUAACUCAUCUGAACAGAGCUAUUAAUUAGAAGCGCGUCUGCAACAUAGGGAGGGAGCGUUCAGUGAAGAAAUAGAAAACUAUUCAUGAUGCGGUGGAUGCCUUUGGUGUUGCUUUUGGGCGUGGUGACUGCCCAGGAUAAUGCCGGAAGUAACGUCGCUGAUGGACUUUUGCAAUGCUACAAUACCACGGAAUUGAUGCACAGGGAGUUCAGGCUACCAUCAACUAUAAACAUCCUCAUCGAUCUGAUACGACAAGUGGAGGAUGGAAAAUCGAACCAGAAUGCUAUGAGUUUCGCAAUCGAAUUGAUUCAUAGAUUCCGUCAGGAUGGUAUAGUGUCUACGCAUAGUCCCAAUCCAUACGUGUUCCCAUAUACUCCGAAAGGACACCAGUUGUUCAAAAACAUCCUUCUCUUAAAACAGUUCAUCCCUGGUACUGCAAUGAACUUCCCGAACGAAACUCUUAACGCAAUUGAAGGAUGUUCGCUUCACUACAUGCUAUCCAACACAAUUGCUUUGGAAGAACGCGGUGAUGAGGCGAGGGUUUGCAACACUUUGGAUCGAUACACGCUCAGAAUCAAAAGAGAAUUGGAAAAUUUCCAAAAUUCCAAUGAUACUGGAAAAACACCCGAUGUAGAAGUCUUAUUAAAACCCAGGAGACUUCCAGACAACAGAGAUAUUAAAAUCAGCGAUUGCCCAAUCGAAGAUGGCGUUGUUUAUACUAAAUGGGGAUCUAUUCAGGCUGGAUCAGUUCUUGCUGGUAUAGCUGCUGGUUUCGAGAAUAUUGCUAUCGAAUCGGAGAAGGUUGAUGCUGAAAACGAAUUUGCCUCCACAAUUUCAGGUGAUAUUGCUGAAGUUGCCACGUGGCAAGGAACAAAUUUGAACUCGUACGAUGUUGGCACCAAAGGAUCUUGGAACAGUACCUUAGUACCAAAGUAUUAUUUUAUCAAUGAUAAUGAGAAAUAUCAGUUCACCGAUGCUGAAAUCAGAGGCGAUUUGGAUGGUCUGAUAAUGGCAACCAAAGUGCAACAGUGGACCAAUAGAUUUUCUCAAUUGAAGCUAUCUCAAAUCCUUGAUAUGUACUACUCCCCGCGUGGUGUAUAUUCCGAAAAUUUCAAGGCAUGUGAACGCAAUAAACUUAGUACAGAAGUCUUCACCAAGGAGAAACUCAUCCAACAAUCUGAAGCUUUUGGUUACAUUUACAAUAAUAUAGGACUCUUCGCUGGAACUAUUCCCAAGCAAGAGAUUCCUGGAUUCAUUUCAAGAACUGUUGAGAACUACCUAAAUUACUUACCAAAAUUGAAUGAUUUGAAUUGUGAUGCCAAUGAGUUGCAACGCGUUGCCACAGAUAUCAUUAUUGUAUUGGAUACACAAUGGAGAUUUAACGAUAUACAACCAGCUAUCUCUUACCUCUUGGAAAAUUUGGAUAUCAACAAAUAUGAAAGUACUUACACUCUGAUCAACGGACAAGAUGGUGAAGUACUUGUAAAUAGAAGUCAUAGUUUACUACCAUUCCAUGAAUUAUACAACAACACAGUCAAUGAAAAAGUGAAUAGGGGAUUCAGCUUGCAAAACUCCAUGCCUUCAGUUGAAAGGGUUUUGAGGGAGAAGUUGUCAGAAGAUAAGUCGAAGAAUAACAUGGGAGGAAAAUCCAGCAUAGUUCUGUUUGUACCCAAUAGUCAAACAAUCCCAUCAGAUGAAGGAAGCUACUUCCAAAGCAGACGAAGCGAAAUUUUAUCCAACUAUCUUCCUGAUGUGAAAUUCAUAGUUUUGGGACCAGGAAACAAAGAUGCAUACUCCAGUUUAGUGCAAAGCAGCAACGAUGCUUUUACCUUAGCCUACGAUAACGACAACAGAAUCAUAGAAAGUGUAAGACCUAUGAUCCAGAAGAUUGCUGAAAUACCAAGAAGUGUGAAGAAUCCAAGAUGCGGUGAUCAGAUGACCGGUGAUGUUGGCUCAAACUCCAUUGAAUUAGCAGUAGAACCAGGAACGAUCAACUAUUACAAAAUUGCUCCAAAUUACCUUGUUGGUGAAGGCCCGAAGAACUUCAAGAUUAGAGCCCAGUACGAGCAGAUCACUUUCUGCUAUUCACGCUCGGAAUCUAUGCCCAGCGAAAAUACUACAGGAACCUGCGAGAAGUUGUCAGGAAAUGAGAAAACUAUUGAGCUAACUGAUACCUGUUUGGAUACCGUGGGCGAAUGCUCUCCCUUAUAUUUUUCAGUAGCAGCACAAAUCACGAAGACCAGCCCCAGGUGCAGAGAUUGCAGAUUCCCGGAUAACGUGAAGUAUAUCCUCAGCAUAGAUGGUUUCAGCUGCACGAGCUCAGGAAACAUUAUUACCACCAGUUUCGCGUUGGUAGCCUUAAUGCUAUAUUUUUUGAAUAUGUAAUAUCAGCAGAGUAUUAUAGAGUAGACUUCAAAAUAUAACUUGUAUGAUUUUUUUUAAUGAAAA